AGAUGUCCCAUGAGAACAGUGGAAAAUAAUGAUCCUAGUGACUCUCCGUUAAGGAGAGCUUGCUACCCAGCUCAGCUUUAGGCGAUGCAAUGCCAGUGUCACAUUCUUGUGAAGCCAUUCCCUAUAAUUCCUAUUCAAUGAAUAUAUCAAAGAUUCAAAGUAAAACCUGUCAUUCAACCUUGAAACCUCCACUGGGUUUGGAAGCACCAUAAUGGCAGGAUCUUCUUCAGAUGCUCAAAAUCCUUUAAACUGUCCAAUCUGUCUGGAUAUACUUAAGGAUCCAGUGACUACAUCUUGUGGGCACAGUUUCUGUAUGGGCUGUAUUAUGAAGUACUGGAAUAGCGAAUGUCAGAGAGGAGUUUACAGCUGUCCCAACUGCAGGAAGACAUUCAAUCAAAAACCAAAUCUGAGCAGAAGCACUGUGCUGGUAGAACUUGUACAGGAAAUGAAGGACGUUCCACAAGCAGGGCCUAAAGACAUGAAGUGCGAUGUCUGCAAAGGAAGAAAACUAAAAGCCAUCAAAUCUUGUUUGGUGUGUUUGGCUUCUUACUGCCAAAUUCACCUUCAUCCUCAUUAUGAGUCUGAUGCAUUUAAGAAUCACAAUCUGGUAAAUGCUUUCCCACAGCUGAAGCAGCAGAUCUGCUCUCAACAUCAUAAAGCACUGGAGAUUUACUGUCAUGAUGAUGGGCGAUGUAUUUGUGUACUCUGUCUGGGGGAUCACAUUGGACAUAGAACAGUCUCAGCUGCAGCUGAAAUGGCACAAAAACAGAAGGAACUCAAAUCAAAAAAGAGUUUGGAAAUUAUCCAGAAAAUCAAGGAUAUAGAGAAGAAUGUGCAGGAGUUAAAGAAGGCUGUGGACUCUCACAAGCGCUCUGCUCAGGCAGCAUUGGAGCACAGUGAGCGGAUCUUUAAGGAGCUGAUCCGUUCCAUACAUAAAAAACAAAGUGAGGUAAGAGUGCUGAUCAGAGCUCAAGAGAAGAAAGAAGUAGAACAGGCUGAGAAUCACAUAAGGAGUCUGGAGCAGCAGAUUGGUAAUCUGAAGAAGGACAACGAUCUAUUGGAGCAGGUUUUACACACAGAGGAUCACAUUUAUUUCUUCCAGAAUUACUCUUCCAGUUCUGGAUUGCUGGUGCCCGUAACCGUGCCCAAGGCUGUUAAUGGCCUCCUGACAUUUAAGAAUGUAGAAAACUAUUUCUCAGAGCUGAAAAGCCAACUGAAUCAAGUUUUUAAAGAGCACAUGGUCAAAAUAUCAAGAAAAGUUGCUGAGGUCCAAAUUUUCAAAGCCACCAUGUUUCAAAUGUCUGAACCUAUUUCGAUGACCUAUUUGGCUAGCCUGGCAAUUCAUUGGACUCACCUGGGAAUUCUGACAGAACUUUCAGUCAGAUUUUGGGUUUGCCUUUCUUUGACUUCCCGAUUGGAUAGCAAUCAGAUAUUAAAUCUGGUUUCGGCUUUUCAUAAAUAUGUAUUCACUGAUUUUGAACAACACAGUUAUAUAUGCAAGCUUUCUCUGUUGUUCAUAUGCAGUGCAUUCAGAAAGUAUUCAGAUCCUUAUGCUAAAAUGCUUCAAAGAUUUUAUACCCCAUAAUGACAAAGACAAAAACCAGAAUUUUGAUAACUUUGCAAAUUUAUUAAAAAGAAAAAACUGAAAUAUCACAUUGACAAAGUAUUCAGACCCUUUGCUACGACACUUGAAAUUUAGCUCAGGUGCAUCCCAUUUCUCGGGUUCAUCUUUGAGAUUUUUCUACACUUCGAUUGGAGUCCACCUGUGGCAAAUUCAAUUGACUGGAUAUGAUUUGGAAAGGCAGACACCUGUCUAUAUAAUGUUCUUACAGCUGAAAAUGCAUAUCAGAGCAAAAACCAAGAGACUGAAUUGUGUUGAGGCACAGAUCUGGGGAAGGCUACAAAAAAAAAAAUAAAUAAAUAAAUAAAUAAAUAAAUAAAUAAAUUCGGCUGCAUUUGAGGUUCCCAUGAGCACAGUGGCCUCCAUGAUUCUUAAAUGGAAAAAGUCUGGAACAAAUAGGACUCUUCCUAGAUCUGGCUGCCCGGCCAAACUGAGCAAUCGGGGGAGAAGGUCCUUGGUAAGAGAGGUGACCAAGAACCCGAUGGUCACUCUGGUUGAGCUCCAGAGAUCAUGUGUGGAGAUGGUAGAAACUGGUAGACUCUCCUGAGUGCAAGAAAGCAAAAAAAGCACAUAAAGGACUCUCAGACUGUGUGAAACAAGAUUCUCUGGUCUGAUGAAAUGAAGAUUGAACUGUUUAGCCUCAAUUCCAAGCAUCAUGUCUGGAGGAAACCAGGCACUGCUCAUCACCUGCGUAAUACCAUCCCAACGGUGAAGCAUGGUGGUGGUAGCAUCAUGCUGUGGGGGUGUUUUUUAGCUGCAGGUACUGGGGGAUUGUUCAGGGUUGAAGGAAAGCUGAAUGCAGGAAUAUACAGAGAUACUCUUAAUAAAAACUUGGUUCAGAGCUCUCAGGACCUCAAACUGGGCCGAAGGUUCACCUUCCAACAUUACAAUGACCCUAAGCACACAGCCAAGACAACACAAGUGGCUUAGGGACAACUUUAAAAUUUAAACUCAAAAAUCUGGUUUUAGCUUUGUCAUUUAUGGCGUAUGGAGUGUAGAUUGAUGUGAAAAAAAUCAAAUCAAAUAAUUUAAAGCGUUUUAGCAUAAGGCUGCAACAACAAAAUGUGAAAAAAAAAAAAAAAAAAAAAAAUGAAGGGGUCUGAAUACUUUCUGAAUGCACUGUGUAUGUAUAUGUAUAUCAUAGUAUAAUUUUGCUUAAUCUCUAACUAAAGACAACAGUUAAGUUGUGAAAUAUGAAAUUUGUGCAGGAUUGGUGAUUUCUGCUACAUUGUACAAAUACUGAUCAGUAUAUUUAGCAGUAUGACUUUAAAAUCUAUUACAUAGGUGGGGUUUGUAAACAACAGUUCAUCUACCUUUAUGGAUUGUUAUUUUUUUCAUUUUUGUUUACAUAACAGGCAAAAUCCAUGAAUAUUUAUUGCUACUGUAUUAUGUCAGAAACAUCUCCUUUCUUCCAGCUCUAUAAUGUUUCCUGAAAGUUUACCAUGUGAUUAAAAUGUCAUAUUUCCA